AUGUCUUGGAUGGACAAACACAAUCUAACAGUGCUGACUGAAUUCAUUCUGAUUGGAAUAACAGACCACCCUGAGCUACAGGCUCCAUUGUUUGGGCUGUUCCUCAUCAUCUACAUGAUCUCAGUGGUGGGCAACUUGGGCAUGAUCAUCCUCACCAAGACAGACUCCAAAUUACAAACACCCAUGUACUUUUUUCUAAGACACCUGGCUAUCACUGAUCUUGGUUAUUCAACAACUGUGGAACCUAAAAUGUUGGUAAAUUUUGUUGUGCAUGAAAAUGCAAUCUCUUAUUAUUUUUGUGCUAUACAGCUAGCUUUCUUUAUUAUGUUCAUAACUAGUGAACUUUUUAUUCUGUCAGCAAUGUCUUAUGACCGCUAUGUGGCCAUCUGUAACCCUCUGCUCUACACAGUCAUCAUGUCACAAAGGGUGUGUUGGGUGCUGGUGGCAAUCCCCUAUCUCUAUGGCACAUUUGUUUCUCUUCUCAUCACCAUAAAGAUUUUUAAUUUAUCCUUCUGUGGCUACAACAUCAUCAGUCAUUUCUACUGUGACAUUCCUCCCUUGUUCUCUUUGCUUUGCUCAAACACACAUGAAAUCGAAUUGAUCAUUCUCAUCUUAGCAGCUUUUGAUUUGAUUUCAUCUCUCCUAAUAGUUCUUGUUUCUUACCUAUUUGUUUUUAUAGCCAUUCUCAGGAUGAACUCAGCUGGGGGCAGGUACAAGGCCUUCUCCACUUGUGGAUCCCACCUGACGGUGGUGGUAGUGUUCUAUGGGACUUUAAUCUUUAUGUAUGUGCAGCCCAAGUCCAGUCACUCCUUUGAUAUUGAUAAAAUAGCUUCCAUAUUUUACACCAUGGUUAUCCCUAUGCUGAAUCCCUUGAUUUAUAGCUUGAGGAACAAAGAUGUAAAAUAUGCCCUACUUAAGACAUGGAAAAAAAUAAGCAAUGUAUUUUCUAAAGUUUAAUGUACCACAUGGUUCCUACAAAUUACACUGUGGACUUCAAACCUUUUCUGUGUGCCUCCAAUGGGAAUACCAACCACAAAUAUAUUUAACAUUUAUUUCUAUAUUGCCUUCUAAGUACCAGUUACUCUUCUAAGUGCUGUAAAUGCAUUUAUGAACAAAAGAGUAAAAACUUUUGCCUUCCUUGAAGGGGAGAGGUGAAUCAUAAACAUAAUAAGUAAAUUUUAUAGUACAGAAGAAUGUACUG